AUGACGUCAGAGCAACAACAAAACCAGCCUCCAAAACCAGAGUCAUCUGGUCAGUGGAGUGACAGCUCACCAGCGGACACGCACCGCAUCCAGGCUCAGACCGCAUCUGUCAUGUCAGGGGGGACAUCAGAGGACCCACGGACCCAGGAUGCGGCAAAAACGGUGCGCCUGUCUGACCCCACACCGGAGCCCACAACACAGUCUUUAAAGUGGUUUAUUGUGGUGUACGUGGUCCAAAGGUCAGUAGAGACAAACCCUCACUCUAUGUGGUUUACAACUGUCACUAACUCCAGGAAAGAAGUCACAACGACAGGCAGCAAGAUGAAGCACCUGCUGUUUUUUGGAAUAGCUUUUGCUGUGCUUCACAUUAGCAAUCAGCAAAGUACUCCAGAUUUCUGUCAAUUGGCUCCCGAUGAAGGUGAAGGCCCAUCCUUCCAGUUUGCCAUGUUCUAUGAUCCUGCCAUAGACAAGUGCAGUCCUUUCAUAUACAAAGGCCAAGGAGGGAACGCCAACCGCUUCAACAAUGAAAGAGAAUGUAUACGAAACUGUUCAGUCAAUGCAGAAGACAUCUACCCUAUGGAUGUUUCCAAAGCUUGCCACUUCCCCAAGGCAAACGGUAAAUGCAGUGGAAGGUUUCUGAGAUACUACUACGACUCUGUUUAUGACAGAUGCAGGAAAUUUCACUGGUCCGGUUGCUAUGGAAACGGCAACCGAUUUUUUGAUCAAAUCACCUGCAACGCCACCUGUGAUGGUAUCCACGAUGACAGAUAUGAAGAUGAGGACAUAGAGACAGACACUCCAAUUGCGAUCAUCUGUGGAGUUUUGCUGGCAGUCAUUGUGUCAGCCAUCUUGAUAACUGUCAUUGUCUUGACAGUGAAGUCAAAGAAAAACAAAGGUGAGAAGAAGGCGCCAGGGAGAAGUAAAGAACAGCAGUCUGACCUACCUCUUCAAGAGAGAGAAGACAUGUCAUGA